UACGUUUCCGGGUCACGUGAUUUCCCGCGCACCUGUCAAUGUCAACAUGACUGCAUAAAGUCACGUGAUUUCCCGCGCGAAUGUCAAAGUCGUCUGACAAUAUGGCUGACACAAAAACAAAAACACGUAAGGCAAACUGGGCCGAUUCCGAGAUCAUUUGUUUGGUCUCGGAAUGUACAGACAAUGUAAAACUUAUAACUGGAAAACACGGUCUUGUGUCUGAAAACGACAAGACGGUUUUUUGGAGAAAUCUUUGUGAGAGAAUAAAUAGCAUAGGAGGGUGUGGAAGGUCAGUGGAGGAGGUGGUGAAGAAAUGGAAAGAUUUAAAGAGCCAGACUAAAAAGAAGGAACAAAUGAGGAGGAGGGACAUUUCAAGAACUGGGGGAGGAGAGACAAGUAAUUCCUUAAGGGAAUGGGAAGAGAAGAUAAUAACAAUAAUACCUGAUGAUGUUUUGCAUGGAAUAGCAGGCGGAGAAGAUAUUUUUCAAAGAAAUGAGAAAGGGGAAGCUGGUAGUAGUUCUGGUGGAAGUGUAGAGACUGUAUUAAAUGUUGGAAGAGAGGAGGUAGUGCUUGUCCAUGAAGAUAAUGUUAAUGUUCAGGUAAUUAACAUACUAAAAUUGUAUUGAAACCUUGUUUAAAUACCUCUAUUAUUACUAGUUACAUUCUCAAUAACUACUAUAAUUAUCAUUGUUAACAUUGAAAAAAGAAGCAACAGAUUUGAUGUGCAAUGAAAAGAAAAACUUAUACUAUUUGAAAAGGUCUUCAAAUGUUGUAGGUUGAAAUCAAUCCAAUGCAAACAGAGCAGAAUAUAGACAGAUUAGUAGAAAGUAAAAAGAGAAAAAGG